AUGCUCGACCCCAUGCUCGGGAAACAGCACGCAAUAUUGCGGUGGCGCCGAUCGCUUGUCGCUCUACGUAGCGAAGAACCUGGAGUCGACCGAGCCGUGCGGUCCCCCCGUCAUCUCAUCGUCAAGCAUCCAAUCAUCUACGCCAACCCCGCCGUCGUCUUCUAUGCCGUUUUCAAGUUCGACCUUGAGCACCUCGUCGCCCACUCCUACCUCUUCAUCUUCCAGCAUCCCGUCACCCUCAAGCAAAACCACCUCCUCCCUCACACCUUCCCCCACCUCCUCAAAGCCCUCCUCAUCUUCCAUUUACACGCAUACCACAACGUCCAAAUGCCUAGGAUACUACUGCCCCAAAACCACCACGAAAACCUCAUCCCCAAUUCCAACGAAAAAAACCACCUCAACCUCGUGCAAGACAACGCUAAAGUCGACUCUAAAACCUAG